CACUCAGUUUCGUUUCCUAAGAAGAGAAACACACACACACACACACACACACACACACAGAGAGAGACUGUACAGAGGGAAAAGCAUGGAGGAGAAAUCAAACAGAACAUUUGCAAGUAAUCAGCCAGUGUCAGAUGUGAACAUUAUGCUGUUGGGCUCGACUGGAGCAGGAAAGAGUGCAUCAGGAAACACCAUCCUGAACAGAGCCAGAAACCCGUUUGAAGAUGAUUUUUCUCCUGAGGCUGUGACCAAAGUCUGUCAGUCAGCACAAACCGAAGUGGAUGGGCAAACAAUAAAUGUGAUCGACACUGUUGGACUCUCUGAUACAUCAGUGAAUAUCAAAGCUGCUCAAACUGAAAUAGAGAAGAUAAUUACAUGUCAUGGUAUUGAUGUGUUUCUGCUGGUAAUCAGAUUGGGUGAGACGUUCACAAAGAAUGACCGUAAAGUUUUGAAAUGGGUCUUGAAUAAUUUUGGAACGAAGGUCCUAAAACACACAAUAGCGCUCUUUACUAACGUAGACCAGUUGCAUGUGCCAGUAGAGAAAUAUGUGAAUAAAAGUAAAACAUUGCGGUCAGUUGUUGAUCUGUGUUCAGGAGGAUUUCAUGUUUUUAACAACAAAAAAGAAGACAAAUUCCAAGUCACUGAGCUUCUGAAAGAAAUAAAUAAACUGAGGGUUCAGAACAGUUACAGGAGGUACACUGAGCAGGACUAUAAGGAGACUCAGGAAGCACUACUACAUAGUAAAUAUGUUAUUGGAGCAGCUUUAGGAGGAGGAGCUGGAGCAGCUCUAGGAGGAUUAGCAGCAGGAGCAGCAGCAGCAGUGGCAUCUACGCUGGGAUCAGCUGCACCAUCUGCAGGGCAAGCUGCAUUCAUAGGAGCAAUACUAGGUGCAGAUCUGCUAGCAGUAGCAGCUUUUGCUGCAGUGUAUUUAUUUGAAAGACAAAAAACCCAAAGAUAUAAGUAACAUUUUAUACUCUCAGAAAAAAAUCGACAUUUGAUAUAUAUAUAUAUAUAUAUAUAAUAGUGGCAAUCAUUGAGGUCUAGGCACCAUUAGACUCGCCCCUUCUAUAUCCACCUUUAAAUCUCUUUUAAACACAUAUCUGUUUUGUUUGGUUUACAAAUAAUUAAUAGUCUUUGCUUAGUCUGUUAUGGGAUUAUACUUCUUUUUUUUUCUUUCUUUUCUUAUGUUGUUAUUGUAUGUGAUUUUUAUAGGAAUGUUCAUCUUGAAUUUUCACUGAAAGUUUGGAUUCGAUCAACAUGUGUGGACUCUUUGAAUUUAGAUCAGUUGUGUGCCAUAGGAUGUCACAGGACAAUGCCAAAAAAUGAAUUUGAAGAAAUAAAGUGCAGCUCAAAACCUUACCUAUGUGAAGUAUUUAUCGUAGGGACCUUUUCAUUGUUAAUCUAUUUCUAAUAUGUGUGUUGCCUUAUAACAUUUUAAAUGGCUGAAAUUAUGUAUUGUGUUUAAUCUCUAAUGUGAACUGUUUUGUAAAACUGAAAUUAAAGCCAAGUGAAGUUUAAUUAA